GUCUGUGCGCUGUCUUGCUGGUGUGACUUGUAAGAUGCUUCAACUGAGAAGGAUCGAUGUUCUCUCAUUGGUUGCGAUACCAAUCCCCGCGCCGGAAUCGGAUGUGCGAUUCCUAGCUAUGCCGGUUUCGUUUUCCAAGUUUUUUUGAGAAUUCUUAGAUGCGGGCGAAGUGCGGGAGAGGUAGAGAUGGCUUGGGAGUCGAGGUUUCUGGACAUGGUGCUGGUGCCGCUGGGGAUCUUGCUUUUGGCAGUGUACCACGCGUAUCUGUGGUAUAUGGUGAAGUUUAAUCCGGAGAAGACCGUCAUCGGCGUGAACCACCUCAACAGGCAGUCGUGGGUCCGUAACAUCAUGAGUGAUAGCGAGAAGAACGGUGUUUUGGCAGUACAAACUCUCCGCAACAGCAUCAUGGCUUCGACGUUAUUGGCAUCCACAGCCAUCACUCUAAGCUCUAUCAUCGGAGCGUUAGUAAGUAGCACAUCCGGAGGCACAAGCAGGACACUGACGCAUUUUGUAUACGGAGAGACCGGAAACAUCACUUCGACUCUCAAGUACCUGUGCCUCUUACUCUGCUUCCUUUUCUCCUUUGUCUGUCAUGUGCAAUCUAUCCGGUACGCAAGCCACGCUAGUUUCCUGCUCAGCAUUCCUGUUGGCGACAAUUCUCCAGGUUUGACACCUGAAUACGUAAAUGAGUUCAUUUUUCGGAGCCAGAACUUCUUUACACUUGGCUUGCGAGGCUACUACUUCUCCUUCCCCUUGUUGCUUUGGAUUUUUGGACCGAUUCCUAUGUUUGUCUGCUCCAUCGUUAUGAUCUUCUUGUUGCAAUCGCUGGACAUGGCCAAGGAAUUCAACGUCACAUUCAAGAUUGUGCAAAAGAAGGAAGCCAGAAAUGAAAAUGACACUGAGCUUCAUCAAAUCCUGACUCCAUAAGACAGAUGGUAAUUGGUAUUAUGUUUGGUAAAUAUCCUUAGACAUUUGGUAAUUGGUAUUACGUUUCACAAAUCUUCCUUAUUCUGAGAAGGUUUAUUACUAUUGUGUCGCUUUAUCAACUUCUCGUUGAUUCCAAAGUGUUUAUUUUACAUGGGUUCUCUUAAGAUUAAAUUAAGAGUACUUCAGUUGAGUAAUAUUGAUUUCCUCACAUUGGGGUAAUUGUUUUCAGA